AUGUUGAACAAUUUUGACGCAGCCGUGAUUGCCAUCGCCGCCCUACUCUGUCUCCGACUAAUCUACCGGCGGGUCCACCGUAACAAUCAUGAGCCCGCAGUCUUCAUCUUCACAAAAGGCGUUUCAUCUGAUCCUGAUCUAUAUUGUACUGUGUGCCUUAAAGAUAUCGUCGCCGGCGACCGGUGCCGGAGAUUGCCAAAGUGCGGCCACUGUUUUCAUGUUGAUUGUAUUGAUACGUGGAUUAAUGGGUAUAGCUCCACGUGUCCGAUCUGUAGAUGUGAAGUUAUCCACCGUUUGAUUCGCCGGAAAGAUGGAGAAGAUGACAGUUUGACUAAUUUAAUCUUUUUCCUUUCGAUUUGUCGGAAAAUUCUCCGGCAGGUUGGUAAUUCUCUUUGUAAUGAGAUUACUGCCGCGAUUUGCUCUAAUUUGUAG